AUGAUUCAUGGAGACGACAGAGCUGCGGCGAGGUGGCAUUUAGUGACGACCUCUCCCUCACACCCUCUCCCUCACACCCUCUCCUUCACACCCUCUCCCUCACACCCUCUCCUUCACACCCUCUCCUUCACACCCUCUCCCUCACACCCUCUCCCUCACACCCUCUCCCUCACACCCUCUCCCUCACACCCUCCUCCCUCACACCCUCUCCCUCACACCCUCUCCUUCACACCCUCUCCCUCACACCCUCUCCCUCACACCCUCUCCUUCACACCCUCUCCUUCACACCCUCUCCCUCACACCCUCUCCCUCACACCCUCUCCCUCACACCCUCUCCCUCACACCCUCUCCCUCACACCCUCUCCCUCACACCCUCUCCCUCACACCCUCUCCUUCACACCCUCUCCUUCACACCCUCUCCCUCACACCCUCUCCCUCACACCCUCUCCCUCACACCCUCUCCCUCACACCCUCUCCUUCACACCCUCUCCCUCACACCCUCUCCCUCACACCCUCUCCCUCACACCCUCUCCCUCACACCCUCUCCCUCACACCCUCUCCCUCACACCCUCUCCCUCACACCCUCUCCCUCACACCCUCUCCCUCACACCCUCUCCCUCACACCCUCUCCCUCACACCCUCUCCCUCACACCCUCUCCCUCACACCCUCUCCCUCACACCCUCUCCCUCACACCCUCUCCCUCACACCCUCUCCCUCCACUGCAGCACACCUGUGUCUGUUAUAAGAGGAUUGUGGAUUGUCACAAAGACAGUGUUUGUGCAGCUCUGAAUCUGUAA